UAAACUGAGAAAAAAUGAGCUGGUUUGAUACUAAGGGUAUAGCCAAUUUGGCAAAAAAUGCGCUAAAAGAAGCUCAAAAACAGAUUGAUAAAGCACUCGAUAUCAAAGAUGACGACGAAACGGCAAGCAUUAAUGAUACAAUGGAACCUGCAGAAAAAAAAAAUGAUGAACUGGCAACAAACAGUCUAACCCUAUCCGAAGUUUCUGGUCAUCCCUCCGUUGCAGGAAAUAACUCCACAAGCUCCAACACGUUAAAUACAUCUUUUGAGGCAUGUGAUGGUUCGUUUUUUGAUCAACCGAUAAACAAUUCUAGUACCGUUACCAAACCACCAUCCAGCUUGAAGUGUAGAAGUUUUGAAAAUUCGAAAAAUGGAAAUAUUGUAGGCUCACCGAAUACAGAGGUAGACAGUUCAGAAUCAAUUGAGGUGCUUACACCCAUAACCAAUUCCGGUUCAGAUCUCACGUCGACCAGUCGACGAUCGUCUUCCAUAAUCAUACUACAAGACGAUGGAGAAUCAGAAUCCGUUGAAGUUGUCGGUACCAUCAGAACAUCGCCGGUUUCUACACCAGUAGACAAUGACUUUCCAAAGCAUUGUGAAAAAGACGAAGAUGAGACAAGUGUUGAGGAUGAUUCCAUUUCCAAUACGUUGUCGGAACAACCAAUCACUAUUCUGGAAACAGAUGUUUGCUUAUUGCCAAUUACGGUAGCACCAAGCCGUAGUAAGCAUAAGUACUCGGUUUCCAAUGCUCCUCCCGUAAGCAUCGCAAAGGAUGCACUUGAAAAAUCGGUAGAAGAAUGUAAAGAACUUUCUGUUCCUUCGACAACGUCAUCUAACAAAACACAUACUAUUGCGGAACAAACUGCCGAUUAUUCUGUUGUUGAGCCUGUCAUGGAAGAGUAUCGUUAUAAAUAUUCGAUUGAUGACUUGCAUUUGAAGCAAACAACGAAAUCAGAUCAGACAUUGGAUCAGAGUUAUGAAAGCAUACAAACCCAAAUGUCUGAUAUGGCUCACAGUUUUGAGGAAAUAAGAUCCGGAAGUAAUGAUACAUUAGGCCAUUUACCUACAAUCAUUUCCCUAGAAAGAAUAAAUAAUACAGAUCAAUUUUCUGAUACAGUUUUUGAAUCCCCGGUUGGUGUAGGAGGAAAUCAAAGCUUAUUUCAGAGUUUAGGUGAUGAUGAAAUCGACACAACUACUUCGUCCGACAUAGAAAUUAUCUCUAGUCCGAAUGGAGGUGACUCGAGCAGCAACCAUAGUGGUGCAUAUCGUACAAGUCCAAUGAAAAUUAUCGAUGGAAAAAGUGAUAAUUUUGAUAUGCUUCUUAUCAAAAAACGUCGUGGACAUACGCGGGAACCAUCGGAAAUUUCAAUUAAUAGUGGUAAUAGUGACGAUUCUGGACAUUUAUCUGAAACGGAACGCCUGAUGCGGAGGUUAGUAGAGGUAUCAGAAACGCUUGAACAGAGAGAAUAUCGAUUGGUGGAACUUGGAAGACAAAACGCAGAACUAAAUGAACAAAAUGCUCAGUUGACGGCCCAGCUUGAAAGCAAAGCAAAGCGUGAAGGAGCAUCUGAUCUAGAUGGAUAUAUGCAACGGCUAUCUGCAUUAGAGCGUAAAUUUCAGCAAUCAAUUCGCGAGAAAGAGAGUCUGAAAUGUAAACUUGAAGCACUUAAAACGGAAGCUCAAGAAAAGAUUCCCAAAAGUGAUAUGGAGAAAGCACUAAUCGACCGUGAUUUUAUGAUAAAUGAACUGCAAAAGGAAGGUGAAAGUCUAUCUAAACAAGUAUUGCAACAUUCAAAUAUUAUUAAAAAACUACGUGUAAAGGAAAAGGAAAAUGAUGUUUUGAUACGCAGACAGUGCGAUGAAAUCGUCGAAUUGACCCAAGAAACGGAACGGCUGAAGCGAUCGUUGUCAGCAAAGGAUGAAGUUGAGCGGGCACAAAUAGUUGCCGUGCACAAAUUAACAUCUGAAAAGCGUAAACUAGAACGUGAAUGUGCUAGUCUUACUGGCAAUUUAGAUGAUCAAACUCAAAAAUAUGAAAGUCUCCGCAAGUCAUUAGAAUUUGCUCGUAAAGACCUAAAUGAAAAGGCAGAAUUAUGUAAAGUUUUACAGAAUCGCUUGACUAAGCUACACAAUUGUGAAUCCGACUUUCUGUCGUUUCAAAGAACAAAUAAAAUUCUCAUGGAUCAGAUGGAAGAUCUGCGUGAACAAUUGCGCCGUUCCGAGCACGAUAACGGGCAGCGAUUGAUUCGUGCCAAGAAUGAACACGUCGAACUGCUGCGACGUUUAGAAGCAUCAGAAACUCGAGCUGAAGAAGAAAAAAAUGCAUCUGCUCUUCUAACGGUACCAUUGAUCAAGCAACUAGAAUCUUUGCAGUGCGUCUUAAGGCAAAAAGAAAGACUUUGGGAACAAAGAGAUGCUUCUUUUACCCAGCAGUUGUCAGAAGCUAUAGAACGUGUUAAGAUGAUCACCGAAAAAGAAGUAGCCCAAAGGUAUAUAAUUACUACAUUGCAGGAUCGUAUAAAUACUCUUGAAGAACAAUUAACUGCUACUAUUUUACAAACGGAGGAAACAUUGAAUAACAUAAAACAGAAAACACAUGAUACAACAAUUCUUGAAAGGAAAGACCUAAUAUGUGUGGCAGAAACUGAAUGUUUGCAAAGGAGCGAUACUUCUACUGAAUGUCCACGAACAUCAUCGUCGAACAGCGAAUGUAUAUAUAAAUCUCCAGCUUCCGAAAAUAGAUUAUUAGAGAACCCUAAUGAAAUUAAAAUGCAGGCAGAUAGUAAUAGCACGUUACUGACUGAAUUUGACAUGAGACUUUCAGGGACCUCUCCUACUCAUAGCAUCGGAAACCUGUCUCUGCCAGAUUCAUUGAAUAGUAUUCCAUGGAAUGGAACCGAGGAAAAUCUCGGAGUAAACUCCAUUGAAAAAAAUGAGGCACCUGAUAAUAGUUUGAGCAAUGUCGGAUAUAAUGUAUCUAUAAUGCUCAACAAUACAUCGCUCAUUGAAACUUUGCAAUCGACACUAAAGCAACGGGAUGGCGAAGUGUACCAAUUGCAAUGGGAAGUUUCUCGAUUUCAACAAGAACGCAAUGUACUUAGUUCCGAAAUUUCAAAUCUUACAAUGGAACUAGACAAUGUUCGGGAACGUUUUGAACGGAGCAUCCGUUUGGAGGUGGAACAUAAAGAUUUGCAAAAUCGAUAUGAUGCAUUGCUACAAAUGUACGGCGAAUCAGUUGAAAAAACUGAAGAGUUACAGCUCGAUCUAGCAGAUGUGAAAGAAAUGUAUAAAAUACAGAUCGAUGAUCUGCUUCAACGACAGCGUGAUCUAAUUGCUUCUAUGAACCAUCCCCCUUCUCUCAUAUCAUCACCUGGAAACAGUUGUUAA